ACCAGCGAGGAAGUGGCUGCUUUGUUAACGGGAGUGAAACUUCCCCACCGACCUGACCGGAAUUCCACCUACAGGCCACGGCCUGGCAGCAAAGUGCCUGACUCCAUGGACUGGAGGGACAAAGGAUGUGUUACGGAUGUGAAAUAUCAGGGGGCCUGUGGGGCCUGCUGGGCUUUCAGUGCUGUCGGUGCCCUAGAAGCCCAGGUGAAACUGAAAACUGGAAACCUGGUGUCUCUCAGCGCACAGAACCUAGUCGACUGUACCAUUGUGUACGGGAACCAGGGCUGCAGCGGCGGAUAUAUGACCAACGCCUUCCAGUACAUCAUCAAAAAUAACGGCAUUGAUUCAGAUGAUUCCUAUCCGUACACAGCUCAGGUGGGUAUCCAAGUUUCAGACAGACACAUGGAGGGUCUGUCUACACUGCACACUAAGCCCGGGUUCUGAC